AUGGAUGAGUCUGCUCCAACUCUGGCCGAAUUAGAAAAGCAAAUGGUGCUCGACAGGGAUAAAAUACAGUCAAUUAUCGAUGGUUUUAUUGUCGCAUAUCACAAUGGCCUGACUAAAGACCAUAGUACUAUGAUACCAUCAUAUGUAUCACGUCUUCCUACCGGUGCUGAGACUGGUACAUAUUUAUCCUUGGAUUUGGGAGGCACCAACCUAAGAGUUGCGGCUGUAACCUUACUUGGUGAGGGUAAAGCUGACGUUGAACAAAAACAGUUUGUAAUCCCUGCAGAGUUAAAAAUUGGUCCUGUUGAAAAUUUACUCGAUUGGGUCGCAACAGGGGUUAAAGAAUUAUUGGAUUUUCUCGGAAUCCAAGUAGAUAGCAUUAGUGAGAAAGGAUUGUUUAUGGGAAUAGAAGGUCAAAAUAUUGUUGAUCUUCUGCACGCGGCUUUUAAGCGCAAGGGUAUGAAUAUUCAUAUUGCUGCCAUAGUAAACGAUUGUGUUGGUACUUUCGUAGCAAAUGCUUACAAAGACCAAAACACAAUUGUUUCUAUAAUCUUGGGCACAGGAACAAACGCUUCCUGUAUUUGUCAAACAUCUUCCAUUUCAAAAUGCAAGUUCCCAAAAGACUCACCUGAGUACAUGAUUGUUAAUACAGAGUGGAGUUUAAUGGGAAUGGACUUCUUGCCAAGGACAAAAUAUGAUAAAAUUCUUGAUUUACAAAAUUUUCCUGCUGUUGAACGGGAAAUCAGGGUAGCGGUGGAUGGUUCACUUUAUCAUCGAUUUCAUAAGUAUUCAGGUUGGAUGAAUAAAACUCUUAGAGACAUUCAACGAAUAAAAGAAGAUAAACGAACUAAAAUCAUUCCAAUUGAAGAUGGUGGCUGCAUAGGAGCAGCUAUAACUGCUAUGAU